AAUUGUUAAAAGAAAUUCUAUUUUAUCUUUCAUAGAGUGCCGAUCUAAAUUUUAUUUUCUAUAAUUUUGUAUUAAAAUCUCGUUGAAAUUAAGCAAAAACGCGUUUGUGUAACCUCACGGGGACUUUAUUUGGUCAAAGACACUAUUUUCCUCUUUCAAAUGGUUACGUAAAUAACUUGAAAACACUUGCAUGCUAUUUCAAUCUUUUUUGUUAAUCCAAAUUCCAACCAUUAACUCUUAAGAAAAGCUUAGGGAACGAACAAACAUGAGUUAUCACUUUCAAUUUUCUCCUCCUUCCUUUCACUCUUCAUCAGACAAUUUUGAUAGACAGGCUCAAAAUCUUUUUGACAGUUUUGGUGACACUGUUCAUUCCUCUAUGAAAUGGGCUGUAGCAGAAUCUGUAGUAUAUGGAUUGGUGGUGAUAAUUUGUAUUAUAGCAAUAGUGUAUGCUAUUAUUGAAUGCUUAAAGAAAUCAGGAACAGCAAUUUCAGCUUACACUCAAAUUCCAACAACAGAGAAAGAUAAUAAUAAUCAAAUAUCUUCAAACUCAUUUUCUUCAUCCAACAAAAUUGAAGUCAUAAUACCAACAGAUUCAUCAUCAAAACCUGAAUUUCCAACCAUGGAAAGAUUCUUAAGCAACAUCAACAGAGAAAAACCAAUAAGAUUCACACCUGAAAAACUUGAUGAAAUCACAAAAAACUACUUAACCAUAUUAGGUUCUGGUGCAUUUGGAAUUGUUUUCAAAGGAGAAUUAUCAAAUGGAGAAAAUGUAGCAGUCAAAGUUCUCAACAUUGUGGACAUUAUUGGAAUGGAAGAACAAUUCAAAGCAGAAGUUAGCACAAUUGGAAGAACUUAUCAUGUAAAUUUAGUCAAACUUUAUGGCUUUUGUUUCCACCAUGAAACAAGAGCACUUGUUUAUGAGUAUGUUGAAAAUGGCUCUCUAGAUAAGUACUUAUUCGGUAGUCAGAAUCGCAACGUUGAGUUCCAUAAGCUUCACGAGAUAGCGAUCGGAACGGCAAAAGGAAUUGCUUAUUUACAUGAAGAAUGUCAACAUAGAAUAAUUCAUUACGAUAUAAAACCAGAAAAUGUCCUUCUCGACAUGAAAUUAGUACCGAAGAUAGCGGAUUUUGGACUUGCAAAGCUUAGAAGUAGAGAAAGUAGUGAUAACAUUGUUGUGAACACUCAUUUUAGAGGAACAAGAGGUUAUGCUGCACCUGAAAUGUGGAAGGCUUAUCCAGUUACAUAUAAAUGUGAUGUUUAUAGUUUUGGUAUUCUUCUGUUUGAAAUUGUAGGGAGAAGAAGGCAUUUUGAUUCUAGUUUUAGUGAAUCACAACAAUGGUUUCCAAAAUGGACUUGGGAGAUGUUUGAGAAUAAUGAGCUGGCUGUUAUGAUUGCAUUUUGUGGAAUUGAAGAGAAAGAUAAUGAGAUAGCUGAGAGAAUGUUGAAGGUUGCUCUUUGGUGUGUUCAGUAUUUACCAAAUGAUAGACCUAUGAUGAGUACUGUUGUGAAGAUGUUGGAGGGUGAAAUUGAAAUUUCAAAACCUCCAUUUCCCUUUCAAAAUUUGGAGGGUGUUAAGCCUAAUUUGACAUCAGAGGGAAGCAGUGAAGAUUGUGAUACUAAUAUAUCAUCAUGGCAUACAGAAUCCUUCAGAAAGAAAACCAAACACGAUACAUUUCAGAUAGAGAAAACUGCUUAAAUUGAUGUUAAAAGUAUACAGCAGUGACACUUUAUAUUGAAGGUGUAUUCAGUGUCCGAUACAUGUUGGAAUUGAAAACUGAUACAGGUAGUUUUCAUGCUUCAACGUGCUAUUUUAGGCCAUUCUACCAACCAAAUAUGUUCCAUGUUUGAGUUAUUGUUUCAAAUUUCUAUACAAUAUUUUUAUUUGUUUAUACAUAUAAAUAGAAGAGUAAGAACAUUCACUAGACCAUCAUUUGCUGAAAUGGAUUCAAAGGUAUUGGAAUUUCUACUAAUCCUUCCAACAUUUUCACCACAUGACAAAGCUACCUUAACCAUUCUCUCAGGAAUCUCCUUGUACCACAGGCUAUUAUCAACUCUACCAACUGUCCAACAUCAAAUCUUUUCCAAGCACACAUUGGAAAAGGCAUCAAAGCUCAGGUGCAGCAUAAGUAGAAUUUAUGUUGCACUGACACUUUAUAUUGAAGUUGUGUCUGAGUGUCCGACAUGUGUCUGUAUCAAACACCAACACUUGUAAUUACAUAUAAUCACUUCAAUUUUUUUAAAUUAUUAUCGGUGUCUAUGUAUCUAUGUCAAUGCUUCAUAUACUGGUAGUCCCCCUCCCUUCUAUCAUGGUUAUAAGAGUACUUUCCUUAUUACAAAGCUUAGCUUAACCAAAAUCAACAACUUUAAGAUUGAAGUUACUAUGGUUUUAUAUCAUAGUGGAUUA